AUGGCAAAUUCAACAACCUCGGACCUGAUCGGAGCCUGCGUAGCGCCCUUUCUCGACGAAUCGAAAUUUGGCACGGAAGGAGGAUGUGAGUACUUCCUGGGCAACCCCAAACCCCCCCCCCCCCCCCCCCCCCCCUUCUCUCUCCCCCCACUAACAUCUCCAGACAUAACGGGAAGAUUCUGCAAUCCCAUAGACGCACUACCUGGAAAGCCUACAUGUUGUCUGCCCUGUCCCGCCACCGAAUGGGCUUACUCGGACAAUUUCAACACAUCCACCACCGCGGCGCAAUGGCUGAACGUUGUCGGCCUGGUCCUCAUGGCUUUCAUGCUGCUAUCAUAUAUCCUCCUCCCAGCACAGCAGACCAGCAGCCACUACCUCAGCGUCUGCUUAAUCGUUUCCAUCGUCAUGAUCACUCUGGGUAACGCAAUCCCACUCGCUGCCAAUCCCGACCAAUGCUACGACGAAAUCACACCCAACGACAUGUACUCCCUCACCGAAUGUGCCUGGUCUGGCGCCUUCAUUAUCGCGGGAGGGCUCACGACCGACAUGUGGAUCUUCAUUCGCGCACUGUCGAUGAACUUGCAAAUCUGCUGGGACAUCGUGCCUGGAAAGAAAUUCUUCUACAUCUCACAACUCCUCGGCUGGGGCAUCCCGGCCAUCUUGUUCACCACCACCCUAACACUCACCGGCGUGAGCUUCCGUUUUGGUACCACUUGCCAGAUCAACCACCACGACUCCAUGGGCGACUUCUGGGGACUCCUGCUCGUAAUGGCAGGCGCUGCCGCUCUGCUUCAGCUAGUCACCUUCGGCUACUGUAUUCACGUCUACCUGCGCAACUUGUGGACCGAGGACACGCAAACCACCACGAGCGCAUCCGGCAGCGGCUUGCCUUCCUAUCAAGGCAGCAUGCGCGCGCAGACCGCCCGCGCGGUCUACCGCCGACUGAAGAAGGUCCUCUGGCUUCAGUGGCGUGGCAUCUGCAUCUGCUGUAUCAUCCUCGUCGACGUCAUCUUCUUCUCCGUCGUCUUCGUCUCCCUCGACGGAAUGCAGACGUCCGUCAGGAACGACUUUGACAAAGUCGAACCAUGGCUUGUCUGCUUGGCGGCACACCCUGACGACAAGGCCGCCUGUCUCCACCUCGUCGCCGGCUGGCUCGUCAACGAAUCCACAGUAAUCGCAGUUGUCAUGCUCCUCUCCCUCGCCGGCGUCCAAGUCUUCCUCCUCCUCACCCGACCCUCCGUCUUCCCCGCGUGGUGGGACCUCAUCCGAUCACCAUUCUCCUCUUCCCGCCAAGAAUUCGUCAGCCUCGACGCCCGCCCGGAAAUCAUGCGAGGCAAUUCCCAACACCAAGUCCUCCGAUACCAACGCGGCCACCAAGCCACCACCUUCGAGAUGCAACCCAAACCCCCCACCGUCUCCGCCAUCGAUCUCGACCACAAAGCUCUCAGCACACUCGACUCCCCCGACGACAUCUACGAACCCCCUCUCGCUGCUCGACGGUACCCUUCCGUAGACGACUCCACCUCCACCCUCGCCGUCCAACAGAGGGGCAGACUGCCCCCCGAAUACGUCGGCCGCAUCACCCCCUCCCCCUCAGCAGCAACCGACACCCAAUCCCGACCCCGCGGAGCCCCUCGCGACGUCAACGACUACUUCACCGCCACCGGAGUCUACCAUGCCGUCUCUUGGGAUCCCAGGGAUCUCGUUCCGAGAGGCGGUGCCGGUGGGCUGGGAUUGAAUCCGCCUAUUGAGGCGGGAGAGGAAGAAGAUGGACAUGAUG